AGGCUGCAGCCAGCCUCCCCUUGAUCCUCUCCACCAGCUGCUGACCAAAAAUAACCUCCAUUCCACAACCAUAUUUGUGCAAGGGACCGAGAAUGACUUGGGAGCAGGUUGGGCCUCCUCACUGCCAGCAUAAACUAACGCAAGAAGAGGGAUGCACAUAACACAGCUGAACGGGGAAUGCCUGUUGCACCUUUUUUCUUUUCUGGACAAAGACAGCCGGAAAAACCUUGGCCAAACAUGCCACCGCUUGCUGGCGAUCUUCAAGGAGCCCUCCCUGUGGCCUCUGCUGCACUUCCAUUCUCCUUCGGAACUCACCAAGGGGAACUUCGUGCUGGGCCCAGCCUUGCGCUACCUCUCGAUCCGCUGGCAUUCGAGUCGUGUUAAAGUCUGCAACAUUGAGGACUGGAUGAAAAGCACCUUCCAGAGGGCUAUCUGCAGCAGGCACGAACAUGCCGUCAGUGACUUUUUGCUCCAAGUUGGCAAGAGAUGCCCGAACCUCCUUGCUCUGAGCCUCUCGGGGUGCGGCCACGUUACAGACCGAUCUGUUGGGCUGCUACUGCAGAGCUGCCCCUGCCUCAAGACUCUCCAACUGGAAAACUGCGUCCGGAUCACUGACCAGAUGCUGGAAGCCGCAAUCCUCCAUGCUUACUCUUUACAAACGCUGCAUGUGGAUUUCUGCAGGAACAUCAGCCAGGCUGGUUUGCAGAGAUUCCGGGCAAAGCGUCCUGCAGUAACGCUGAAAGCAGAGAGAAGUGCGGACAUGAUCCCAGACAAAGAGCCAGGCAGCAACUGGAUGUCCGAAAGAGGAGCAAAGAAACUGAUGUGGUAUUAAAAGCAGCCUGUGGCUAGUAUGCUUAUAUUGAGGGAUCAUGUCCAUGUAACUAUUUGUACAGACAUGCAUAAAACCCUUGGGCACAACCACUAGGGAAUUCUCCUGGACAAACCUGUGGACCAUGUAACCUCUCUCUCAAGGACCUCAGAUUCUGACCUCUGGCUGUUUGCCACAGAUUUUUGUCGUCUCACAUACCCAGAAGUGCUGAUGGCUAUUAUUAUUUACAUCAUUCAUAGUCUGCCUUUCUCACCGAGACUCAAGGCGGAUUACACAGUGUGAGUCAGUACAGUCAGUUUCAAAGACAUUGCAAUAAACAACGUAAAGAGGGAUGUUAAGGAAUGUUCUGUGGGCAUGAAAUGUUUCCUUUCCACCAGCCAAGGCAUUUAAAAAGGCGCUGUGUAAACAUGCUACUGAAAAAGAUCGCCAGUGGAAUGCUACCUAUUGUUGUAGUGGUCCAAUGUGCCACGCUCAGAAAUGUAAAUUUCUUCUCACUUUAGGCUCUUCUGCCCUUUACUGAAAUCUCAAUUAACUUGUGAUCAUCUCCAAAGACCCCCCCCCCCAAGCACUGGGGAAGGACGUUGUACCUCUCCAUUUGCAAAGGCUUUGUGUCUAUUGUAAUGGUUAAUUCCUACCAAAAUAAAUUAUUUGGUAUAAAUAAUAUACGCACCUUAAAUCCAUCUUUCUCUCUAGUCUUGCGUUAGCGCCUUCCCUCCUCCCCAAGCUUCCUUGAACUCUUCUCAGAUCUUCUGAUCCACCACCAAAGGCAAAGCACACAGCGUCUUCCCCAGUGGAGUGCGCCCGCGGAGACCGCCUUGGAUUCCUGCACCCACCGUUUCUGCAUUGAAUUUUCUGGGUAGGAUCUGAUAAGGCUGGAGCAGUGUGUCAGGUUCAGCUUAUGCACAUCCCUGAGAGCAAGUGCCAGGCUCCACAGCGCAGUCAUUUUUACAUUCCCCUCUCGGUUCCUUGCCCCACCCCAGGCCAGCCUCAACAAAAGAGGGCCCAGCUUGCAACUCCACCUUUCUUUGCACCAAGCAGGGCUGCCUCCUUCCUCCCAUGGGCUUUCUGCUUCCCUACCAGCCUAUCUCCUUCUGUUGUGCCGGGGAACCCCGCCAGUGGGA